CCGGUGGUUGCCUCCGCUGUGAUUCUUCUCCGAGGACCUGCCGACAGGAGGGUGGUGGUGGAGGGGUGAAGUCUGAUCCUAGACUUCUUUGCGGGACUUUGAGCAACUUCAGGCCGUGGAGGUGUAGCCGCGCGCCGCCGAAGGAGGGCGGCCCCGGGCGGAGGGCAGCCCCUGCCCCCGGCGGCCCCGCGGGGCGGGAGGGGAGCGGGACCCGCUCUCCGGGCUGGGCCCGCCCUCGGUCGGAGCAGGUAGGGGUAAGGGAGUCCCGAAGGCGCCGGGGGAAGCCCGCUCUGCUCCGCCCGACGUCCCGGGCGCUGAGGGAGGCCCUGGUGUGGGCUGAAGGGGGCCCGUGGCCCCGCAGCCCGCGUGAGGGGAGGGCCGGAGCCGCCCUCCGGUACCGAUGGCCCCGCUGCCCCGCCGGAGGGGCCGGGGAGCUCCGGGCUGUGCGGGGAGGCGGUGGUGAAUAAACAGGAUGUUUGUCAGCCUCCGGUCGGGAAGCUGGACUAAAAAUCAUCUGGAGGAGAAACGCAUAUUUUAUGUGGGAAGCUGUUAACUCCAGAAUUAAAUGAGUUAUCUGUCUUGAACAAACUUAUUUCUAUAUAUCUACAAUUUUAUUUAGACUGCUUAAUACAGACCAUGCCUAGCAGAAUGGGCUCAAAAAUGGAUUUGAAGAAAGACUUCAUCCGAGUGAAAACACACUAUAGUGGGGACAUCCUUAUAACAAACUUGGAUGCAUCAAUGAGCUAUGAUGAACUUUGUGAUGAAGUGCACGAGAUGUGUAAUUUACAACAGGAACAGCCCAUUACCCUCAAGUGGAUCGAUGAUGAAGGUGACCCAUGUACCAUCUCAUCUCAGAUGGAACUGGAAGAAGCCUUCCGUUUGUACUGUCAAAACAGAGACGAGGGGCUGAUUAUUCAUGUUUUCCCAAGUAUUCCAGAGAAACCCGGUAUGCCUUGUCCAGGAGAAGAUAAAUCAAUCUACCGACGCGGAGCCAGAAGAUGGAGGAAGCUGUACCGAGUGAAUGGGCAUUUGUUUCAAGCCAAACGUUUUAACAGAAGAGCGUACUGUGGCCAGUGCAGUGAAAGGAUAUGGGGUCUCGGAAGGCAAGGCUACAAGUGUAUCAACUGCAAAUUGUUGGUCCAUAAACGUUGUCAUAUCCUUGUUCCACUGACCUGCAAAAGGCAUAUGGAUUCGGUCAUGCCUUCCCAGGAACCUCAGUUAGAUGAUAAAAAUGAUGAAGUUGACCUCCCUUCAGAAGAAACCGAUGGAAUUCCAUACAUUCCUUCAAACCGGAAACAUGACGGCAUUAAAGAUGACUCUGAGGAUAUCAAACCAGUCAUUGAUGGAAUGGAUGGAAUUAAGAUUUCUCAGGGGCUUGGACUCCAGGACUUUGAUUUAAUCAGAGUUAUCGGACGUGGAAGUUAUGCCAAAGUUCUCUUAGUUCGGUUAAAAAAGAAUGACCAAAUUUAUGCUAUGAAAGUAGUGAAAAAAGAAUUGGUCCAUGACGAUGAGGAUAUUGAUUGGGUACAGACAGAGAAACAUGUGUUUGAACAGGCAUCCAGUAACCCAUUCCUAGUUGGUUUACAUUCAUGCUUUCAAACAACAAGUCGAUUGUUUCUUGUCAUAGAGUAUGUCAAUGGGGGAGAUCUUAUGUUUCAUAUGCAACGGCAAAGAAAACUUCCUGAAGAACAUGCAAGGUUUUAUGCUGCUGAAAUUUGUAUUGCUCUAAACUUCCUACAUGAAAGAGGCAUAAUCUACAGAGAUUUAAAACUAGACAAUGUUCUUUUAGAUGCAGAGGGUCAUAUCAAAUUAACAGAUUAUGGCAUGUGCAAGGAAGGUUUGGGCCCUGGUGACACUACAAGCACUUUCUGUGGGACACCAAAUUAUAUUGCACCAGAGAUCCUCAGAGGAGAAGAAUAUGGGUUCAGUGUGGACUGGUGGGCUCUCGGUGUGUUGAUGUUUGAAAUGAUGGCAGGAAGGUCUCCAUUUGAUAUUAUAACUGACAAUCCCGACAUGAACACUGAAGAUUACCUCUUCCAAGUUAUUCUUGAGAAGCCAAUCCGGAUUCCAAGGUUUCUUUCUGUCAAGGCUUCCCAUGUGUUAAAAGGAUUUUUAAACAAGGAUCCCAAAGAAAGGCUUGGUUGUCAGCCGCAGACGGGAUUUUCUGAUAUCAAGUCUCAUACAUUUUUCCGCAGCAUAGACUGGGAUAUGCUGGAAAAGAAGCAAGCAACGCCUCCGUUCCAGCCUCAGAUCACAGACGAUUAUGGUUUGGAUAACUUUGAUACGCAGUUCACCAGCGAACCUGUGCAGCUAACCCCAGAUGAUGAAGAUAUAAUAAAGCGAAUAGACCAGUCAGAAUUUGAAGGAUUUGAAUAUAUUAAUCCCUUGUUGCUGUCAACAGAAGAAACAGUAUGAAGGAAUGACAUCUUCGUUGUGGACAAUGUGAAUGACCUUUUAAAUUUAUCCUUAACUACAGUAUAUGCAUGCAAGGCUGGGGAACUGUUAAGAUUUUGGACGGAGACCAAUGAUUAAAAAAAAAAUUGCUGCUGAAAAUCAAAGAAGAGAAUAAUGAUUUUGGUGGGUGUCUUCUGCCGCUUAGCGAUUCUUAAGUUCCGGGCACUGACACAACUGGCUUCAUUAAUGAAGGAAUUUGCAUUUUGUGCCUGUUUCAUGAAGGAUUAAAAUGUUCAUUGCAUCCCUGGAAAAGGAGGUUCUGAACAACUUCGAGAUCUACACACUUCCUACAAACAUUUGGUGCAAUGAGCUACCAUUUGAAGAAUAUUACAGUGUAACAUCCUGAAGAAUAAAAUAUAUUACGGUGGUGUUGAAGCUUAUUUUUGAUGCCUUUUUUCACAAGUGGUACCUGUUUAAAUGUCUCAGAUAUGUUUAAAAGGAGUUGUGUUUUAUUAGCAAUCAAAACAUAAAUUUGGGUACAAGGUUUAAGUGCCUAAAUGGAUACACUGCAUUGAAGAAUUAUUACAUAUUUGGAACGUUCUUAAACCUGGUAAGUUCUGCUUGUUAAGUAACCAUUUACAUAUGAAACACACAGUUCAGAGCUGCAGCCUAGUGUUCAUUUGCAUCUUUGUAGAAUUGGAAAUGCAGAGCGACUCAGCAAUAUUAAUUCCAAAUUAGAAUUGGAAGUAUCAAUUUCAAAAUCUGGUUUUUUAAAACCCCAAAUUUACCAAAAUGUAUAGAUUGAAGAAAACUAGAUUUGCACACAAAGGAUUUCUGAAAAUACUUAAGCAGUGCCUACACCUACAAUGAUGUUGUGUUGUAUAUUAGAUUUUGAAAAGUAUUUUUAUCAACAAUACAAAUAUUCAGAAAUAGAGCAAGAGCGUAAUAAAGCAUAGCCUUAAAGUUUAAGUAGUAAAUUUAGAAUAACCAUAAUAUAAAAUACACUUUCCUGAUAAAGCACACCUCCUACUUACGAUAAACUGUCCGCUUACAAUUAUUCAGUGUAUAUUAAUAACUAAUCAUUCUACGUAAGAACGGGAUGUUUUGGUAAAAUGAUUUGCAUCAAAGUAGUAAAUAUUUUUAAUGGAAGAAAAAUGAAUACCUAAGAAAUCGGAUAAAGCAAAAGGUAACUAUCAAAUCCCUUCUCAUGGAAACUGGGAGGGGCGGGGGGCAGGGAAAGGAUCUAUCAAGUCAAAAAGGUUAGCGAUUUAUCAGCUUGGAGAGGCUCGUGUCGCUACAUUUGAGGAUUAGGAAGUGUGCAGCGCCAUCGGAAACCACAGGCGCUUGUGAAGACUUACCUGCCUCCGUAAGCAACAACAGCAGAGGCAGUUUCUUUUUGCUAAAUUUUGGUUUAACUCUAUCGUGUGGGUUGUAGAGAGAGGAAAAAAUUACAUGGGAAGGAAGAAAAAAGAGAAACCCUGUGCCAUGACAUCUCACCUGAUUUGGUGUAAAAUGCAGGAUAAAUUGCAACGCUUUCGCUUUCUUUAACAUAUGGUUUUCUCAGGGUACAGCAUUGCAUUAGGUGCUGAACAUGACAUCUUUCGGAUUCACAUCCAAGUCAUGAGGUGCUAGGAAGAGACUGCCAAAAUAUUGUUUAAAACUUUCGAUUAAUCAUUGAUUAACGAUCUACAUUUUGUAUCCCCUCAUUAGCCACAGUUAUGCAGACCUGUGGUUAUUUAGUUAUAUUAAUCCCAUUCAGAUUUAAGUUUAAGUGGGUUUCUCUCUGUUGGACUGUAGCUUUUCAUAUUAAGCAAAAUGUUUUAAUCAGCACUAAAUAAUUUAACCAGUAAGAAGUACUUGCCUCAAAUGCCUGGACUUUAGAUACUCUAUUAUCCACUAAAGGAAACAUUUACCUUUUAAAUGUAAUCUGACUUUUUUUAAUUACGCCUUUUCUCUCCCUUCUCCCUGGCAAUUGCUUUAUUUACCCUGAAUAAUUUUUUUUUCAGUGUUUUCAACUCCCCUGGUAAUAAAACUAAUCAAUAGUUAUCAGAGUGACUGCAGGCAGCUCAUGAAUGGAAAUAUGACAGAUUAAGCUGUCCUUUGAUGUGCCAGGGCAUAGGACUUGAAAAUGGAAAUAUUAGAAAGGUGGGUUGGGGGUUUUUUUAACCUUUUCUCUAGGUUUCAGAACAUUUUGGGAGGGAGGGAGGGAGGGAAGAAGAGAAGACACAUUUGCUAAACAAACAUUGUAAAGACUACUUGAUUUUAUUUAAAAAUUUACAGGCAAUUACAAUGUUGCUGUGUUGCCAAAUAGUUUGCUGGAUACAAGUUUGGUUGCUCAUGUGCAAGUGUUUGAAUAAUGUUCUGUUCAUGAUGAAGGGGAAAUUUUUUAUAUAAAGUACUUGUUUUAUAAAUAAAAGAAAAUGAAGGAUGUAAGUAAAUGUGUGGUUUGGAAAAAAAAAUCCUAAUAUAUUACAAAUGGAUCUGGUAAUGAUAUAUAGUUGUCUUAUUUGAAAUAGUAAAUAAAAAUUCUAGCUAACUUAAUGAUUGUAAAACAGUAAAUAUGUUCUUGUAGUUUUGUAUAAUUUAGUUGGAUCUUCGCUGACCAGUUUUAAUUGUGCAGAAGGCGGUAUACUAACCCAUAACAGCUAAGAUCAUUUAUAUUCUUGCACAUCUAUUAAAGACUUUAAUGAAAAAGUUAA